AUGGACAGUACCGGUAUCCUCCAGGUCUCGCUCGGACAUACUAACAUGGCGUUUUCCUUUUCUGUCUUCACGAAUAUGUCAGGUUUGCACGACUCUUUCUUCGACUCACCACCGGAGACUGCAUUCUUCAUCUCAAACAUCACUGAGUGGCGAAAGGAGAUUCCAGCACCUGUUGUUUCCGUGCCGGACUUUCCUUUCUCUUCAGACUUCCAGGACAUGCACACUUCAGACUUGUUCGAAUUGAAAGAUACUGCGUCUGAGUGCAGCAUGGACAGCGCAUACCAGAGCCAGAGUGGCGCCAGCCGGCGCGGAGCCCAAAAGCCAGAGUUACACCGCCAGGGGAGCCGGAUGAGCAACCAGUUCGUUGGCAGCGAUAUCUACUCGCCGACCAUGAGCUCCGACAACUACAGCGCAUUCCCAGAGAACCUGGACAUGAGCCACAUGCAUCAGCCAGCCACAUCCGGAACAUGGAAUGCCACAGAGGGACCCCUCUCGUAUGCUAACUAUUCUACUGCUCAGGACUACACACAUUACUCGACAGCGAACAUGCCUCGCUUCGGGCCCGCUACCCUCAGCGACUCACCACAAUGGGCUACACCCGAGACCAACUUCCAGAACAACCCAUUCACAUUCACAUCGUGGCCUACGAACGACAACAUGUUCAACACCACCCCUCAACGAAACUGGCACAGCGCCUCUUUCGAUACUCCAGAACGUCCCGCUACCCUGCGCAACUCAUCAUCAUACUCUCUUCAAGAAGAGUCACGGCGAGCGUCAGCCCAAGAUGUCGGCUUCGGCGCAUUUGUUGGUACCCCUACCAGCACUACUAGCGUUCAUUUCCCCCAGCCAAUGAACAACACUAUCGAAGAUGCCAAGCCUGCAUCUGUAGCGCAGUCAGUUGAUGAUAACGAAGACACCCUUUCCCAGUCUGAGGCGGCCGAGACCAAGCUUGAAGAAGAGCGUACCAAGGUUGCACGCAGCCACCCACUCUACCAACAAACACCAGACAAGGAUGGAAAGUAUCACUGCCCCGAAGAGGGCAAGGCAGGAUGUACACACAAGCCCACAGCCUUGAAGUGCAACUACGACAAGUACGUGGACUCUCAUCUGAAGCCGUUCCGCUGCAACAAGAAGACGUGCGUUGGCGUGCAGUUCUCUUCUACUGCAUGCCUCCUCCGUCACGAGCGUGAGGCACAUGGCAUGCACGGUCACGGAGCCAGGCCACACCUGUGCCACUUCCGCGAUUGUGAGCGUGCCGUGCCGGGUCACGGGUUCCCUCGUCGCUACAACCUCUUUGACCACAUGAAGCGUGUCCACCAAUAUGACGGGCCCACCACAGAGCCUUCGCCGCCAGUCCAAGGACAAGCUCCUCGCAAGUCGGCGUCUCGCAAGCGCAAGGCGUCAGCCGAGGAGACUGGCGAGAAGCGCGUCAAAGUCGUCAAGCUUACUGCUGAGCAACAACGCCAGCAGCGCCGUGAGGCCCUCACCAAGGAGUUCUUGAGCAAGAAGCAACACAUCAUUGAUGUCUUGACUAAUCUCAGCACUCCCAGUGAUCUUGGGGACGACAUUCAGCUCACAAAGGAGGUUGUUGGUCUUCACGACAUCUGCACUCAGUACCGGGAUGUCUUCGGCGGCUGAAUGAAGCACACGUGUCUGGUAGACUUCGUCUGCUGAUACAGCCGCAAGCAGGUUUGUCAUCACACAGCCGGACCCCUACCCUUGUUUUUGCAAUACAUAUACACACAUCGCGUUUGAUUUUCUGCGUUCUCCGAACCCGGAUGGAUUCCCGCGUGCCAGCGGAUGAAGGACCAUGACUUGCCACAAGUCUCGGAUGGAUGCCUCUUGCCCUGGUUGGCCACAACUCCGGAAACAGACCCAGGAUACAGAGCCAAGGACAUGUCCCAGCCGUGGACUGGAUGCCGCAGGAUCGCUAGUCGACUCUUAGAGCGACAGCAACCCCGUUGAGGGGAGAUGGACUAAGGUCAUACUCAUUGCAAUAUGGUUGGCAUGAGUUGGUUGAUGUAUCAGAUUGAUCUAUUGUUAACGGAGGAGUGUAAUUAGUGAAGCUGUAUUUCUUUGGAUAUGGAGUUUUAUUUGGA